AUGGAGCAGUUGCUGCAAGCUGGGUUCCCGGCCCUGGGGGGCUCCCACCAGCAGCAGCUGGGCCACCCGGACACGUGUCUGCGCCUCCCCUGCCUGGUCCCUCAAAUCGGCUUCGGGGACCCUGCGACUUUCCCAAUACCCAGAGCCUCUGACCCAGGCCUUGUCUACACCAGAGAACUAAACCGGUUUAACUGCUUCCAGCAGGGGCGUAAAAAACUCCCCGGCUACGUCUACACUGGUAACCCUCCCCCCCAUCCUAGCACCAGCCCUUCCCCUGCCACAAGACGCAUCCUAAAGAUAUUUUGCAAACCCGCCCCAUGUGCACCCCCUGGCGUGGCGAAUCAAUGGCCCCUCCAGGCAGGCCUGCCCCACAUCCAGCUGCAGCCUCAGGCCUCCUCUGGUCCCACCAGGGAUGACUAUGACCGGGAGAUGAAGCAGGCCAAGGAGAAGGUGAAGAAGAGGCACACGCCGACCCCGCCCCGGCCUCGGAACUUCUGUCUGAGCCAAGCCGUUGCUGCGCCAGCCCCAGGCCCCUUGCGCUGUUCUCUGGGCGGGUGCACCCCUCACCCGCUCUCCUUUGCUCCAGGUCGAGCCGACGCAGCCUGCAGCCUGGAGUACGAGGGCUCCAGCGAGAGCAGCUCCAGCACCGAGCCAGAGCCCCGCGGCACAGAGCUCUUCUGCCUGGAGUACGAGGCCGACAGCGGCGAGGUCACCGCGGUCAUUGUGCGCCAGGUGUGCGCCCUUACGCCAGGCAGGGCUGGCAAGAGAACAGGGCAGCAAGGAGGGGUAUCUCCUGGCAGGGGAGAAUGGGAGCCAGUAGGAGGCGCUUUCCCCCUGGGCCAGAGAGCAGGACAGGGACUCAGCAGGGGGCACUGGGCUGCAGGGGGCUGGGCUGCAAGGGGGCUGCGUUCAGCAGAGGGGCUGAGCUGUGGGAGGCUCAGCAGGGGGCAGAGUCCCUCCAUCCUGUUGGUAUCUCCUGUUUUAUUGCCCUGCUCUGAUUCUUGGGGGGGGGAGCAGUAGGGGGCACCAGCUGACCCCCCCCCUUUUCCAUCUCUGCUGCCAGCCCAGCAGCCCUUCCCUCCCGCAGCAGGGGCCUGGCAGGCAGAAUGCACGGCAGAGGCUGCAGCCGGUGGGGGCUGGGGCCAGCACGGGCCCUGUACAGACUCUCCGCU